AAACAGUAGCAGUUGUGUACACGGCUCCUGUGCUUUUUCCUGAGCGCUUUGUAGCCACUUUGAGACAUUUUUUUUGUUGAUAAUACAUCGUUCAACAUCGGUUUUUAUUGUUGACGUAUAAUCCUGGUGGUCAUGUACACUGUGCUGAAGUAUGUGACAAGUCACAGUGCAGGUAAAAGCCUGUAACAGAGCCGAUGAUGACGUCCUCAGGGCAUAACCCUGACCUGUUUAAGUGGAGGAGCUUCAGCAAGAGUAAAACGUCAUCACACAAGGUGCACAUGAAGAACGGUGAUAUUGAUCAAUGGAGGAAGCGUGUGGAGUCGGCCUCCGAGUUUGCCGUCUCUGAAGUCUUCUCAGACAAGAAGAAGAAACCUCCUUCAGGAAGCGGCGGCGGCCGCACUGUGCCUCUGCAGAGCUGUGACCAGUUAAGAGAUCAUGACGACGCAUACAGUGAAGCUCAGGCUCUUCUUGGUGAUUGGCUCAGCAGUAAGUUGCGGCUGGAGCUGGAGAUGGAUGACGAAGAUGACCUAAUGUGCUACACUGAGACUGAAGAACCUGCUGCACUGGCUUGUUCCCAGCCCACUGCCAUGAACUAUGACAACUUCAAUGACCUCUACAACUGUCUGGCUGAGAACAAUGAGUGCAGCACUGUUAACCACGUCCUACAAGACCUGAUGGAGCAAGAGCUGUUGGACUCUGGGAUGAUGGAGGAACUGGCACUAGAUGUAAGUCAAACAAGGAAGAAGUUCAGAGACCCGCUCAUCACCAUGGAAGCACGCCACCAACAGGUGCGAGAGAACAGGGCCCAGCGUGAUGCUGAGAGGCAGAGGCAGCAGAGGGAGAGGGAGUUUCAGCGGGCUGCCAGAGAGGAGGCAAAGAAGAGGGAGCAAGUGGCAGAGACCAGGAGGAAGCAGGAGUUAAGUAGACAAGAGGAAAUGGUGCAGCAGGAGAUGGUGCGACUGCGACGCCAGAUGGAGCAGAGGAGAGGCCUAAAACAGCUGGUGAGACAAAGAGAAUUUGAGAGAAAGGAAGGACAGACGGCGAGUGACCUCCUGUCAGCUCCAACACUUUCCACACAACAAAAGCAGCAGCAGCAGCAGCAGCAGCAGAGGGUCACAGAGCAGCUUUACAAAGUGCAGAAAAUCCAAACCGUUGUUCACAUGAACAACCUUAAGUUUCUGCAGAGGCAUUUCUCUGCGUGGUAUUCAGUGGUGUUGGACCGGAGGUUACGUAUGGGGAAGGCCAUGGCCCUCUCAGACUGGAAGAGGCAAUUGAGAGCAUGGCGAGGCUGGCGAACAGUGGUGUGGGCAGAACAAAAACAAAGGGCAGUGGUGAGAACAGAAGAGGAGCUACGGACUGAACACAGACAAUGUCAGCUGGCUAUGGAGAGCGACCGAAGGCGGCUGCUUCGUCAAUGCCUGAACGAGUGGCAGCGAUGGUGUUGGGUGGAGAGGGAACAGCGAGAGCUUUUGGCCCAGCAGCAGGAAACCCGUCGCAAGAUGGCGGCUUUAAUCAAUGCCGCGUCUAUGGGCAACCUCAAGGCUGUGGGAACCAGUGCUUAUCAGCCAAUAAUGUCCUCACCUGAGGCACUGAAUCAACCAGAGACCACAGAGGAGGAUGUUCCCCAAAGGUCAGCCACUUUGACCCCCAACGCCUCUGCACUUUUGAAGGAUAAAAUGCCUGUGGGUGCCAUGACCUCCAAGCCCACUCAACCAUGGCAGGUGACCCGGAGGCACGUAGCACCCACUGCUUCUGAGCUCCACGGCGCUCGGCAGAGAGACGAUGAUGGUGCCUUCACCUGCCACAGAACCGCUGCGGCGCCCAGCAGCAGCUUCGAGAACAGACACGCCGCCCAGCAGCAGAUCAUCACACAGCAAAGGAAGCUGCUGAAGGAGCAGCAAGAGCAAAUUGCACAGCUGAACGUGGAGAAGAGCAAGAUGGGUUUGGAGAUGGAGAUAAAGAAAGCCAAACACCUCUCACAGCCAUCAGUGCGAGGGGGCUCGAGAGCAAAGAGCCACACCGUUGAUUGCACACAGCAGAGGGCUCUGAAAGAGACUGAAGAGCCUGACGGUCUGUGGACACCUCCAAAGAAAACUGUCAAACACCAGACAUGCCCUCAUCCAAGCAUCACAGCUAUGGAGGCCCGUGCACGUCAACGCGCAGAGCGGAGAAAGGAAAUCGAGGAAGUCAAGCUAAAGAAGGAGGAAGAAAAGCUGGCUGAGAUGAAAGCUGCAGAGGAGCAGAGAGAGAGGGAGGAGAAGGAGGAGAAACGCAGGGCAGCAGAAAAGAGGAAGGAGGAGAAGAGGCAAGGAAGAGAGAAGGAAGAAGAAAAACAGAGGCAUCUGAAAAAGCAGCAGGAACAGCUGAAACUAGCCAGUCAACACAACAACAGAGCCUUGUUGCUAUGGAGAGGUCUGGCCCCAUGGAAACACCUCAUUCAGCUCCAGCAUGCCAACAUGCAGCUGGCCGAGAGUCAUCACAAUCUCUUCCUCUUGAGGCAGUGUACACUAGGCUGGCAGCAAUCAGCAAAAGAGUCGCUGUCUGAGAAAGAAGCUUCUGCUGACCAACUGCACCAGCAAUUUCUGCUUCGGAGGAGCUUAAGCUGCUGGAAGAGGCUGAAGGACUGGCGGAUGAUUCGGGACGAGCGAGCCGAGCGCUUCUAUCGAAUACGCACACUGCGGAGGUUUCUGCUGGCACUGCUGGACCAUGUGACCCAGGAGAGGCUGGUGCAGUGGGAUCUCCAGGAGCUGGCUCAGGAGCACAAUAACAGACGGGUGUUGUGGCGAUGUUUCCUGUCCUGGAGGCAGCUUCCGUGUGUGCUGCGCGAGGAGAGAAAGAAGGAGGAGCGGCGAAAGAAGCUGGGGCGGAAAGUGUCCGAGGUCCUGCCGGAUUUCUGCUCCUAUCUGCCGUAA